CGGCGCCAGGAUUGGGCCGAGCGCUCCGGGGCGGUGCUUGAGGGGGAGGUGCCGUGUCGGAAGUCAAAGUUCAGUAAAUAGUGGUGAUGUCAUGCAGGCAAGAUGGCGGAAGGGGAGGACGUGGGAUGGUGGCGGAGCUGGCUGCAGCAGAGCUACCAGGCAGUCAAGGAGAAGUCCUCCGAAGCCUUGGAGUUCAUGAAGCGGGACCUGACAGAAUUUACCCAGGUCGUGCAGCAUGACACGGCCUGCACCAUUGCAGCUACGGCCAGUGUGGUCAAGGAGAAGCUAGCUACUGAAGGCUCCUCAGGAGCAACAGAGAAAAUGAAGAAGGGGUUGUCUGACUUCCUAGGGGUGAUCUCCGAUGCCUUUGCUCCCUCACCGGACAAAACCAUCGACUGCGAUGUCAUCACCCUGAUGGGCACGCCGUCUGGCACAGCUGAGCCCUAUGAUGGCACCAAGGCUCGCCUCUACAGCCUGCAGUCAGACCCAGCAACCUACUGCAAUGAACCAGAUGGGCCCCCGGAACUGUUUGAUGCCUGGCUUUCCCAGUUCUGCUUGGAGGAGAAGAAGGGGGAGAUCUCAGAGCUCCUUGUAGGCAGCCCCUCCAUCCGGGCCCUCUACACCAAGAUGGUCCCUGCAGCUGUUUCCCAUUCAGAAUUCUGGCAUCGAUAUUUCUAUAAAGUCCAUCAACUAGAGCAGGAGCAGGCCCGGAGGGAUGCCCUGAAGCAGCGGGCAGAACAGAGCAUCUCUGAAGAGCCUGGCUGGGAGGAGGAGGAAGAGGAGCUUGUGGGCAUUUCACCCACAUCUCCAAAAGAGGCAAAGGUCCCUGUGGCCAAAACUUCCACAUCCCUUGAAGGAGGACCUGGCCCCCGGAGUCCUUGUGAAAAUAAUCUGGUGACCCCAGCUGAGCCUCCAACAGAAGUGACUCCAUCGGAGAGCAGUGAGAGCAUCUCCCUCGUGACACAGAUUGCCAAACCUGCCACUGCACCUGAGGCACCAGUGCUGCCCAAGGACCUGUCCCAAAAGCUGCUAGAGGCAUCUUUGGAGGAACAGGGCCUGGCCGUGGAUGUGGGCGAGACUGGACCCCCACCCCUAGCUCAGUCCAAACCCCACACUCCUGCUAGCCGCCCCACCGGCCCAGAGCCCCGCCCUCCAGCCAGAGUAGAGACUCUGAGGGAGGAGGUACUCACAGACUUACGGGUUUUUGAGCUGAACUCGGACAGUGGGAAGUCUACACCCUCCAACAAUGGAAAGAAAGGCUCAAGCACGGACAUCAGCGAGGACUGGGAGAAGGACUUCGACUUGGACAUGACUGAAGAAGAAGUGCAGAUGGCACUUUCCAAAGUGGACGCCUCCGGUGAGUUGCAGGGUGGAUGGAUGGGAGAGUUCUUGACAUUAGCUCCGUGUCAAAAUCACCUGAGGAACUACUAAAAAAUGUAGACACCACACCCUUCCCCAGAUCUUCUGACUCAUGGUCCUCAGCUGUGUGAUCUGAGCAGAUUCCUGGCCUUGGAGACAAAAGACAUGUGAUCUAGGGCAAGUCACUUAACCUGAGCUUCUGUUUCACCAUCUAAAACAUGACAUUGCUCAUUCUAAGCUGUGAUAGACAGUGCAUGUAGACACGUCAGGCAUAGUGCCUGGGGCUCGGAGCACUGAUAGGUGUUACUGAAACCACCACAGAACCCAGUCUAGUUGUAAGCUCAGAGGCCUUCUGACUCUUCUUCUUCACUACCUCUCAGAAUCAAGAAUGGGUCAUUUUGAAUGAGAGACUGGAAAACACACUCUCACAGCUAAUAAGUGACAGGACUGAGGCUUCAGCCCAGACAUCUGAAUCAAAUCAGGGUUACCUCCACUGUCACACAAGAGCCCCAUGAUUCCUUCCAUCAUGUAGCUCAUGAACCUGCUAUAAAGAGGUGAACAGAUAAGAGAGACAGGAAGGGCCUCGUUUUUCGUACUGGGAAACAAGCCUGAGGGGAACUGGAGACCUAUGCAAGAGUAUUUUGCACCUGUGACCUCAUGAUACCCAGGGCAGAGAAGGCCCAUAGCAUCGUAUCAUACCAUAGGGACAUGAUGGCUUUUUUGUCUUUGUGGCCCUCUUGAAAACCUGACAUACAGUAUACCCAAAGAGUUAUUCUAUAACCCUUGAUAUCAGGGAUCAGCUGACAGCAGGCCAAGAGGAAGUUCCCUGGGGAGACCCUGGGGGUUAUGGUGCUGGAGCCCUUAGUGAAGAUGCUGUGAGCACCUGCAAUUCAGUGCCACACUUGCUUCUGAUCACUGCGCUGCUCUCAAGUCCUCUGCCUCAGAACCAUGUUCUUGCCUGCUCAGCAGGAGACAGGUUCUCCUGAAGGGAUUGACUGACUUGGUUCCUGUAGUAAGGCAUCCCCUUGUAGCGUCCAGUGUUGGUUGGUGGAAGCAUUUCCUUUGAGUCUGCCGUGAUCGGAGCAGCAGACCACCCCUUAGGCAGACACAUUCUUUAAGACUAGAGGUUCACUCUCAUAGGGGGCAGGGUAUGUCCACAGUGCUAAGAGGGGUUGGGAGAGCUCUCUGGAAAUGGAGGCAACAAGGGGAGUUUGGGUCUGGGCUGGACUCAGAGGAGUAAAUGUGUGUUUGUGCUCUCCAUUAUCCCCUCCCAUUUGCAGCUGGAAGAUGUAGAGUGGGAGGACUGGGAAUGAGGGGAGCCAGAGCAAGCAGCUCCCCCACCACAGCAACUCCCAUCUCCCUUGCUUGUCUCAGCCCAGCCCUGGAAGACACUGACUGAGAAUGUCCCCCCAAAUGGCCUCUGUCAACCAGAGCUCUGGGCACAGAAUCUGGGUUGCUCCUUGCUGGCCCUUUGGGCCUCUGUUCCUAUCUGAGAAGGGGCUCACUAAAUCCAAACCAGAAACUCUGACUUGUGCCAACUAUAGGAUGACCUAAGGGGGAGGAAACCUACCCCCCUCACCGGAAGAGCCUACGCAUCUCUACUGAACACCCACUGUUCCUGGGGACUCUUGCUGGGAAGUCCCAAGGGAUAGCUCUAGCCCUUCUGCCUGUGUAGACGGAAGCUAAACCACCAGUCUCUUGGGGGAAGCUGAAACAACCCACACUGUCUACCCAUAAGCAGACAAGGAAGGCCAUGCCACCUGCCCUUGGCUAGACAGGGAUGGCGAGCACAUUUUGGUUCUUACCCAGCGAAUAAGAGGCACUUGUCUCUGGGAAAUUUGCCUCUCUUGGGAAUCUUCCCCUCCCAGGCAUUGUCCAUUCCUGGAAAGGUUCCUUGUGGUUCAGAAUCUAGAGACCAAACCCUGAGUUCCCACCUCCUUCCUUUCAUCUGGCCCAGGCUGUUACGUCCCCAACGCCUUUCCCAGGGCUUCUUCCUCCACCCAAGUCCUUAGCCCAGCUGUGCCACCUGCAAGAGUCUGCUCUUGCAUUUCUCCCCCUCCCCAAGAAGGGAGGGGGCCACUUCAGGCCCUUCUCUGCGUUGCCUGGCGGGAUACCUUGUCCAACCAGCUACCCACCUCGACUCCCCUGUAGCUUAGGACACAAGCCAGCUACCAGCGGUACAGAGCAGUGAUCAAAGCUGAGUACUUACAACUCUGGUAAGCCCAACUUCCCCGCCUCAGCCCUUCUGCGGCUUGAAGGGGUACGCUGGGGGCGGACUUCUCGAGACUCUCCUCAGGCUUCUGCAAAAGCUCUUCUUCCUGAAGACAGAUCCAGUCUGUGUGGCUCUCACCCUCCACUCUGGUAAAGCUGCACCUCUCUUGGGGAAUGAGGGGCUGCAGGAAUCCCUGGAGACCCUGGUGCUUCACGAUGCUGCUCUGGUGACUCUUGUACAUAAUCUGGUGUGUUCACCCAUGAUUGAAAGGGAUGGUGGGCAGGGACGCCAAAAGAGUGGUGGUCACCUCCACUUCAAACCUUCAGUGAGGGGGUGGGAUGGAGAGAAUGCUGAAUCUUUUUUUGACGGGAUGGGGUUUUUCUCUUUGUAAUUCUUUAGUUUAAUUAACCUUUUGGUUGUUUGUGCAAUAUUAUAUAUUUUAAAUUAUAAUGCAUCUCCCCAGAGUAUUUUGUAGCCGGGAAAAGAAAAAAGGAAAAAAAAAAAAAAAAGAUUCUAACAGCUGUUAGUUUUGUAAUUAAAAAAGAAAGAGCAAAGAACUUUGUCCUGAACCUUUUCCAGACUUGCCGUUAACAGCAUUAAAGAGAUUCAACAGAA